CAACAAUUCCCGUUGCUUCACUUACAACAAAAAAGACCGGACAACCACUGCAGUUGUUCUGAAUAUACUUCUCACAGCCACGCAUUCGUUCUUUUUCUCUUAUUCUGUCACAUAACUUUCCCCUCAACACCUAUUUACUCUAUUUACAGCCGGAUUUCUUUUCUGAUCCCCUCAAAAAGUAAUUUCCAAUUUUCAGAAUUCAAAUGCAUUGAUUUAUCGGUAAAAGCUACUUAAAAUGAGGACCUCACACUGCAUAAUACGUAGUUUUUCUCCGAAACGACUUAUCAUUUUCGUUGCCGCCUCCACACUAAUCUAUGUAAUGCUACUCAGAAAUUCUACAUUAAAUGAUGAAAGAAGGAUAGCAGCGACUGAAGAGCAAGUUCGAUCUGUCAAUGUCAAUGUACAGCAAUCAAAAAACAGCGGAGUCGCUGAAAGAACACACGAUAUAAAGGAUCCUGUUGAAUUGGAAAUUGCUCGACAGACGCUAACAUUUUUAAAUAUGGAAGAAGCCGUCACAAAACCAAAGCCACCGGUUAAAAUCGCCGAAGAGGACGGAUCUUGUCCAAUAGUUGAGAAAAUACCAGAUCUUCAAGGCGCUCUUCCACAAGCCACACUUUUGAUUCAAAAUCUUCAAGAAGGAGAAGUACACGCAAUUCAUCCAGAACUUGGCCCAGGUGGCUCAUGGAAACCGGAUGAUUGUCAGGCUCGCGAUAAAAUCGCAGUGAUAAUUCCAUAUCGAGAAAGGCAAACUCACUUGACUCGAUUGAUCGACUUUUUGAUUCCAAUACUUCAACGACAGCGGCUAGAUUUUCGAUUCAUUGUUACUGAACAAUAUGGAAACGACUUGUUCAACAAAGGCCGAAUUAUGAAUGCUGCAUUUAUCUUCGCAGAAAGCCUUGGAGUCGAUUGUGUAGUCUUCCACGACGUCGACAUGUUCCCACAAGACGAUCGGAACCCGUAUUCGUGCCCACCUGGUCCACGUCAUCUUGGAGCUUUUGUCAGUAAUCUGGGAUAUCAAUUGUGGUACAAGGAGAUUGUCGGAGGCGUUUUAGCAGUAUCAAUGGCAGAUUAUCGUGCAGUUAAUGGAUAUUCAAAUCAAUUCUGGGCGUGGGGAGGUGAAGACGAUGAUAUGGGACAGAGAAUACUUUCAUUAAAUUACACAAUUGAACGACCAAAUCCUGAAACAGGGAGAUAUUCUAUGUUGAAGCAUGUGAAGAGGAAACGGACUGCGCCGAAGUUGAUCUACAAGCUUCUCGGGAACAGUGCAAAUCGUGUUGCGUACGAUGGAUUGAACGAAACCGAUAAAUGGACGAUUCGAAAGGUCACAACACGUCCGCUCUACUAUCAUCUUUAUGUUGACGUGGGCCCAGUUCCUGAAGAAUGGCAAGCCAAAGCAUAAAAAUCGCACACACCCACGAUCAAUUUCCAUACUCUUCCGAGACAAAAAUACUUCCUUGCCGCCCUUCAUGUCUGCCCCCUUUCCCUUGUCCAAUAUGGGUUUUAUCACUCUUCUUACAAUUUCCUGACUGCAUAAUCGUCUCCAUUCGAAUCUCUGUUUCCCUCACAAAAUCCAAAAUUCUUUAUUUUGAGUCGACUAGUCAACGUGUCUUAUUUCGGUAAUUCGCUCCUUUUCUUGUGAAAUAAUUGCAUUUGUAUGAUAAAUAUACGAGAAAUCUUGAUAA